CCAACCGCUGCUGCAGUGCAGUUGAACCUGCCCUCAAAAGCUCUCACUUUCUUCUCCGCUGCCGUCGCCGGGGACGACCUCCUCUGUCAUCCGUCGGACCUCCGACCAUUUAUCUCUGCCUAUCCUUCCCUCUCCUCCCUGAAAAGAAAACAAAAAAGAAAAUUUCUACGAGUCUUCGUGUGCGUUCCUUUUGAAUCAGUCGUACGGUGUAGUUUCUUUCUCUCUAGGGUUUGGUUUUAUCAAUAACAGAGGAGGGGGAAGAGAAAAAAGGACAAAAAAAAUAUAAAAUUGUGAGCAAAAGAGAAAAUUUUUUUGGCUGUGUUGUUGAGAUGGCGGCACAGGUUCAAGUUCAGCCUCAGGGUCCGGGACCCGCUCCCAACGGCGCGGCUGGCGCCGGUGGCAAUCAGUUCGUAACGACGUCGUUGUAUGUCGGCGACCUGGAGUUUAAUGUCAACGAUUCGCAGCUGUACGAUCUGUUUAGCCAAAUGGGAGCGGUGGUUUCCGUUCGGGUUUGCCGCGACUUGAGCACUCGAAGAUCACUCGGUUAUGGUUAUGUUAAUUAUAGCAAUCCCCAAGACGCUGCAAGGGCAUUGGAUGUGUUGAAUUUCACUCCUCUCAAUGGAAAGCCAAUUAGGAUUAUGUAUUCCCAUCGUGACCCUAGUAUCCGCAAAAGUGGAACUGGAAAUAUAUUUAUUAAGAAUUUGGAUAAAGGGAUUGACCACAAAGCAUUGCAUGACACUUUUUCCGCAUUCGGUAACAUCCUCUCAUGUAAGGUAGCCACUGAUGCAUCUGGAAUGUCAAAAGGCCAUGGUUUUGUACAAUUUGAUAGUGAGGAGGCUGCCCAGAAAGCAAUUGACAAGCUGAAUGGCAUGCUUUUGAAUGAUAAGCAAGUUUUUGUGGGACCUUUUGUUCGUAAGCAGGAACGGGAGAGUACAAUCAACAAGGAAAAAUUCAAUAAUGUCUUUGUGAAAAAUAUCUCUGAAGGAAUGACAGAAGAAGAUCUGACGAGAAUUUUUGGUGAAUUUGGGCCAAUCACUAGUGUUGUGGUGAUGAGAGAUGGUGAUGGAAAAUCAAAGUGCUUUGGAUUUGUCAACUUUGAGAAUGUGGAUGAUGCUGCUAUGUCUGUUGAGGCUCUUAAUGGGCAGAAAUUUGAUGAUAAGGAGUGGUAUGUUGGGAAGGCCCAGAAAAAAUCUGAAAGGGAAAUUGAAUUAAAAAGUCGAUUUGAACAGAAUAUGAAGGAGGCAGUUGACAAAUUUCAAGGAGCAAACCUCUACAUCAAAAAUUUAGAUGAUAGCAUUGGUGAUGAUAAACUAAAGGAAUUGUUUGCUCAGUUUGGUACAAUUACUUCAUGCAAGGUUAUGCGAGAUCCCAAUGGUUUAAGUAGAGGAUCAGGGUUUGUUGCAUUCUCAUCUCCUGAGGAGGCAUCUAGAGCUCUUGCUGAGAUGAAUGGCAAAAUGGUUGUUAGCAAACCUUUAUAUGUUGCCCUUGCGCAACGUAAAGAAGAUAGAAGAGCAAGGUUGCAGGCUCAAUUUUCUCAAAUGCGUCCUGUUGCAAUGCCACCUUCUGUUGUUCCUCGUUUGCCAAUGUAUCCACCCAGUGGUCCUGGUCUUGGACAACAAAUGUUCUACGGUCAAGCGCCACCUGCUAUUAUUCCUCCUCAACCUGGAUUUGGGUAUCAACAACAGCUUGUUCCUGGCAUGAGGCCUGCUGGGCCUCCUAUGCCGAAUUUCUUUGUGCCAAUUGUUCAACAGGGGCAGCAGGGUCAGCGUCCAGGUGGCAGACGUGCUGGAGCUGUUCCUAUGCAACAAACCCAGCAGCAAGUUCCCCUGAUGCAGCAGCAGAUGCUUCCAAGGGGGCGUGUCUUCCGCUACCCUCCAGGGCGUGGUCUAUCCGAUGUUCCGAUGCCAGGUGUUGCUGGAGGCAUGGUUUCUGUUCCAUAUGAUAUGGGUGGCAUGCCAUUGCAUGAUGCAGCAAUAUCUCAAUCAAUACCAGUUGGGGCUUUGGCUACUGCCCUUGCAAAUGCUCCUCCUGCUGAGCAGCGGACGAUGCUGGGUGAGAAUUUAUACCCACUUGUGGAGCAGCUGGAGCCUGAGAUGGCGGCCAAAGUGACUGGCAUGCUUCUUGAGAUGGACCAGACCGAGGUCUUGCACUUGCUCGAGUCCCCUGAUGCUCUGAAAGCCAAGGUUGCAGAGGCUAUGGAGGUUCUGAGGAAUGUGGCUCAGCAGCAGCAGGCUACCAAUGCAGCUGAUCAGUUGGGUUCUUUGUCUCUAGAAUGACCGCCUUUUCUUUCAAAGUUGCUGGACUUGAGAUUGGAGAUAUACUCAUUGAAAUGCUUGAUUUUGGAACCCUUUUUGGUGUGGCUAUGAUAUACUAGUUCUAAGUGAGUUUCUUGAUUAGGGAAGACAUUGAUUGCAGUAUAAACUUCUGAAGUUAUUUUUUCUGUUGUUUUGAAGAAUGUGACCGUUAUGUGAUACUGUUGGCUUUGCAUCUUUGACUAUUUACCUCUUUUGCCUUUA